CUUGGAUUUUUUUUUUUUUUGGGGGGGGCAUCGUCGUUCAUGAUAGUUUAUCUCAGUCAUAUAAUAAACGAGGAGUAACCAUGAAUGAAAACACUAAAUAUAUUGGAGACGUCGUUCAUUUUGAUUUUCAUGGAUGUUUUAUCCGGAAAGUAAUUUCACGGAAAUGACGUAGCCCCCGAAGCUGGAGUGGACGACAGCAGUGUCCUACUCUGCGUAAAAAUGAGAGUUAACGUGGGAUGUUAGUUAGGACUGUCUCCAGCCUCGCUUGAACGUCAUUGGUUGUUUUUGUGUAUGCUUCGAUCCUCCACUUCCACUUUUAAUCGGGACACAGUUUUCAGCCCCGGUGAAUAUAAAAUGAACUCCAGGAUUGGAAUGGGAUGCGGAAGCUAGCCCCACAGCAGCUACCCCACCGGCUCAGGAGAGAACCGUGACUUUGUGGUUUUACUCUCUGCUAAGUAAGAUGUCUGGACAUGUUUUACACUUUUAAAUAUUUUCCACACAUGCUUGAAACGAUCCAAAUGCAGGAGUGCUUAAAUUGCCACUCACACUCUCUGAACAUGUCAGGAGUACAAGACAUGUCUGGUUUGUUUGCGUAUUUGUCAAACGCUGUAUAUUCUUCUUCUCCAAAGCGAAGCCACUUUUCGAUGAGGAGCCUUACGCGCCGGCUUUACACCCGUUUCACAUACCUAAACGGACCUUUAGCCUCGUGACUCGACAAAUAGACUCAGAUGCUAUAGUGUGCAGUAUGUCCCACUGAAAACCUCCAAGGUUGCAGGCACCCUGCAGCUCAGAUUCCUUGUCAGGUGCAUGGGAAAAUAAAAUAUGGGUGGCUCGGUGUCCUGCUGCGUCUCUGCGAGAGAGAGUCCCAAAAAUCACAGGAGCGAUCUGGAGUUGGAGGAAUGUCCUUUCAGCGCAGGGGAUGUCAGUGAAGACACUGGGACCUACCUGCAACACAUCAGUGACAGAGAGCUCCCAGAUGAGCUUGCUCAGGAGGCCAACCCAUCGGACCACCCCAGAGCCAGCACCCUCUUCCUCAAUAAGUCUCAGACUGAUGGUCAGGCCAGCUCUGUCAGCAUUUGUGCUCUUUAUUCACCUGUAUCCCCUGGCCUCUUGUCAAGGAAGUACAACUCCUGCUCCACAAUCUUCCUAGAUGACAGUACAGUCAGCCAGCCCAACCUCAAGAACACCAUCAAAUGCGUGGCUUUCGCCAUUUACUAUCACAUAAAGAACAGAGAAUCCAGUCGAUCACUGGACAUAUUUGAUGAGAAGAAACAUCCACUUUCGCACGAGAAAGUUGCAGACGACUACUCUGCAGUGAAUCCUGAGCACAAGCUCAUCUACCGCUUCAUACGCACGCUGUUUAGCUCUGCACAGCUUACUGCCGAGUGCGCCAUUGUGACACUGGUUUACUUGGAGCGCCUGCUAACCUACGCAGAGAUGGACAUCUGUCCUUCCAACUGGAAGCGCAUUGUUUUAGGUGCCAUCCUGCUAGCCUCGAAAGUCUGGGAUGACCAGGCAGUAUGGAAUGUCGAUUAUUGCCAGAUCCUCAAAGACAUCACUGUGGAGGACAUGAAUGAGAUGGAGCGACAGUUUCUUGAGUUGCUCCAGUUCAACAUCAACGUCCCAGCCAGUGUCUACGCCAAGUACUACUUUGACCUGCGGUCCCUCGCAAAUGAUGACAACAACUUUGACUUCUCCAUGGAGCCGCUCAGCAACAAGCGGGCCCAAAAGAUGGAGGCGAUCUCCAGGCUUUGUGAGGACAGGUACAAGGACCUGAGCAAAACUUCUUUGCAGAAGUCUGUCAGUGCAGAGAACCUGGGUACUGUCAAAGACACAAAGGCAGUACUGUCCUAAUUUGAAAGCCACAAGAAGGACAUUACAGAGUGUCUUCUAAAACUCUUGGAUGUGACCCUGUGGUGAUGUUCUGCGGCUAGACACAAAAGAAGACUGCUUUGCUUACUGUGUAGGCUACGGUGCCUUGAAGUAUUCAUACCCCUUGAAAUGUUCAAAUAUUUUUGACCUCAGAAUCACACACUUGAAUGUAUUUUGUGAAAGACCUGCACAAAGUUGUAGAUAAUUUUGAAGUGGAACAAAAAUGGUAUAUUGUAUUCAACAAGGGGGCGCGAUGGCGCAGCUGAAGCACAUUGGCCUCAAAGUUCUGAGGACCGGAGUUGAAAUCCCGGCCUUGCCUGUGUGGAGUUUCUCCAGGAACUCCGGUUUCCUCCCACAUCCCAAAAACAUGCAUUAGUUGGAGACUCUAAAUGCUGUUUCAAGGCACUGUAUUAUGGCUGAAAUAUAACAGAUGCUAUUCAACAAAAAUAAAAUGGAGUGCGUUA